AUGGAGGGAAAUUCAGUCACUCUGAACUCUGGUCUCACUGAAAUGAAGGAUGAUGAUGUGAUUCUGUGGAGGUUUUGGAUUAGUAACACUGUGAUAGCUGAAAUCAAUGUAACCGCCGACAGAUUCACUGUAUAUGAUGAUGUUCUUGAUGGGAGAUUCAGAAACAGACUGAAGCUGGACAAUCAAACUGGAUCUCUGACCAUCACACACACCACAACUGAACAUGCUGGAUAUUAUGAUAUACAGAUCAACAGUGUGAGAAAGGAUUUUACUCUUACUGUCACUGUUCCAGAAGUGAAGAAAAGGUCAGUGAAGGAGGGAGAUUCAGUCACUCUGAACUCUGGUCUUACUGAAAUGAAGGAUGAUGAUGUGAUUCAGUGGAGGUUUGGAUAUAAAAAACCUUUAAUAGCUGAAAUCUAUAAACGGUCCGAAAUGUCAGUGACGGAGGGAGAUUCAGUCACUCUAAACUUGGGUGUUAUAAAGGAUGAAGUGCUUCGGUGGGUUUUUAGGAGUGAAAAUGGUUUAAUAGCUGAAAUCUAUAAACGGGCCGACAGAAUCACUGUAUAUGAUGAUGUUCUUGAUGGGAGAUUCAGAAACAGACUGAAGGUGGACAAUCAAACUGAAUCUCUGGCCAUCACAAACAUCACAAUGAAACACGCUGGAGAUUAUAAACGUCAGUUCUACCAUGACUGGAAGCCUUCUUAUAUUCAUCUCAUUGUCUACAUUUCAGCUCGUCUGCCUGUUCCUGUCAUCAUCAGUAACUCUUCACACUGUUCAUCAUCAUCAUGUUCAUUGGUGUGUUCAUCAGUGGUGAAUGUGAGUCAUGUGACUCUCUCCUGGUACGCAGGAAUGAGUGUAUUGUCCAGCAUCAGUGCGUCUGAUCUCAGCAUCAGUCUCUCUCUACCUCUGGAGGUGGAAUAUCAGGAUAAAACCCCCUACAGCUGUGUGCUGAACAAUCCCAUCAGCAACCAGACCACACAUCUGGACAUCACUGAACUCUGCCACACAUGUGCAGACUCUGUCCACUGGUGUGGUCCUACUGAAGCUGUGAUCCGAUUGGUCCUCUCUGCUCUGGUGGGCGUGGCUACUGUCAUUAUUCUGGUUUAUGACAUCAAAUCCAGAAGAGCUGAACGAGAUCAAGCACAUAUUCACACAUCAGGAAGUGCUUAA